AUGUCCUUCUCUGAAUCAAAUACUACUCUCUCAAAUUCUAGUAGUAACAGUAGCGAUGGAGGUGGAGGCUCAUCAUCUUUUAAUUCUUCAUUGAGUCCGGGAUUGAUCUCAUUGACAAAUCUUUCUCAAAUACAAGGAUCUUCGGGUUGGGAUAAAUUUCCAAGAAAAUCUCUCGUUCUCUCGUCUGGUUCGGGUGUGUCAUCCAAAAAGAAGUUGUUGGCAUUGAAUAUUCCAAAAUUGGAAAUUUUAUUGGAGAAGGGAGAGGGAUUGUCGAUAAGAAAAUCAUCCAAAGCAACAAGUUCGCCCUUUGUAGUGUUGAAUUUGUGUCAUGAUGCGUUUCUUUCACAACGAAGAUUGGAAUCAUCGAGCGUGAAAAAUCAAUUAGAUCCAGUUUGGAAUGAAGUGUUUGAAUUUGAGGUUUCUCCGAGUGUGAAAGAAAAGGGCCAGAUUGAAGAGAUUGUUGCCAUACAGGUGUGGCAUAAGGGAGUGUUUAAUUCUGGAGUUGAAAGUUUCAUGGGAGCUGCCAACAUUCCAUUAAAAUCACUUGUCGAAGAUCACAUCCAUCAUUACACACUGGAUUUAAUUGGUGUGGAAAGAGGAAAAAUUCAUUUACAAGUCAUUCCUCGAAAUUUUGGAUUCAAAUCACAAACGGAACGUGACACAUACUUGAAUACAGGCAAGCAACAAAACAGUGUAUUCCAACUCACCAAAUCAGACAUUUUGAAAAUCAAAGAUGCCUCCAGUACUGCUGAAGUUUCAGUUGAUACUCGAAAGAGAAUGAAAAAGAUGCAACAAUACAAAAUUGUAGAAAAACUUCAAAAAGGAGGAUUUGGAGUUGUCUACAAGGUGAUCGAUCUCGAAGAUAAGCAAUCUACCACAGAUAAGCCAAAUUACAAGGCAAUGAAAAAAAUCAAAUGUGACACGGAUCAAGAAGCCAAUCAAGCCAUUCAAGAAGUUUGGUACAUUCGAAAUUUGAAACAUGAAAAUUUGGCAUCCUACGAUGACAUGUUUCUUGAAUUUGUCGAAGAUGAAAACACCAAAGAAGUUUCUUUCAAUGUUUGUUUUGUCAUGCCUUAUUAUAAGGAUGGAGAUUUAGAUUCAUUGAUUAUGAAGAGAAGACAACAACGAAAAUUCUUUUCUGUUCAUCGAUGUAUUGGAUACAUGCUUCAAAUUGCAAAGGGAAUUGAAUUUUUGCAUUCCAAGAGAAUUAUUCACAGAGAUUUGAAACAUAAGAAUGUCUUUUUAACGGACAGUUACAACACGUUAAAAUUGGGUGAUUUUGGCUUUUCUCGUUCCCUCAAUGAAAAAUCUCUCGCAUACACUGUUUUAGGAACCACCAAUUACAUGGCUCCAGAAAUUGCCAUCAAAUCCUCCGGUCAACAAAUCAAUGGAUACACCUUCUCUGCAGAUAUUUGGAGUUUUGGUGUCAUGUGUUACGAAUUAUUGACCUUAAAUUGUGGAGUUAAAGGUUUUUCACACUACACCAAAGCACUUCAGAACAAUGAAAAAUACAUUGAGAAAAUUUUGGAUGAUAUGAAAAAGAUUUAUGGAAAACAAGAAGAUGUAGUGCAAUUCGUCGUGUCUUUGUUAAAGUUAAAUCCAGCAGAGAGACCUUCCGCAGAUGAAUGUGUUGAAAAAUUGGAAGAAUUUUACAAAAAGUAUGCCGAAGCUUCACCAGCAGCAACAAGUGAUUCUUCUUCGACGACGACAUCAUGCUCCACGCCAACCUCUGAAAUUCAAUAA